AUGUGUGUAUAUCUGUGUGUGAAUGCGGGCCAGGAAAGCGCCCUAGGCCCCCCAGGAGCCCACCUGACCCCCACCGGCACACGGGCACACCGGCACCCUCCGCUGCUAGGGUGGUUGUUCGUCAACUCCCCGGAUGUGGUCACCAGCAGCUCUGUGUUUAGGGCGGGACAGGUGUUUCUGUUUCUGCGGCAGCUGGGUGUCCCCAACGACGACAUCGUGGGCCCUAUAUUCCGGUGGAGGGCGCUGCUGGCGGAGGACGUGGACUUUGAGGUGACCACCGUCAACAGGGGGGGGGGGAGGGUAUUGGGGCGCCCGAUCCACGGACUGGCCAACUGGAGUACGGCAGUGGCCCCCAAGCUAGCCGCCCUGGAGGCGGUCCUCCCCGGGGGCCGUCCCGCGGCUGAGGAUCUACUUCGCCGUGUGCCCGCAGCCCUCAAGUACCCGCCGGGGAGCCGUUUGGCGCCAAACAUACGGCUGUUGACUGGCAAGAUGGGCCUGCAGGGGGAGUCUCUCCUGGCCCUGCUCCGAAGCGCCCCCGCCGUCCUCUCCCUCUCCCCCGAGCAACUGGAGAGCCGCUGGACCUUUUUGGUGGAGAUCGCAAACGGCUCCGAAACCGACCUCCUGUUGUACCCGCCGUACCUGCUGACCAGCCUGGCCAAGGCCUUCACGGAGGCGGGCAGGAAGCGAUUCGCGGAGCAGCUGUCGCUUUUCUAUUUGCUGAUGCAGGGCUGA